GGCCAGUGUUUUUUGUGCCAAGGAGUCAGCCAUAAGGCGCACCACUGCCCGACGAAACAAGAACAACAGCCAGAGUCGGGAAAAGCCAUGAGACAGUAGUGCCCGAGGAGUCUACUGUCUCACAAACUCCAGAAAACUCCUCAAGUAAGGCGGUACAUCUAGUGAAGCCUGUACAGGGUGUACAUGUGUGGUCUAAUAAGGGACGGGCUCGUUCCGAAGAAGAUACUCUAAAUCCGAAGAAGAAUACUGUAGGACUAUGGAGACCAGAAGUGAAAAUCAAGUUCCACAGGUGCAAGUUACGAAUCAAGGGACCUCAUAGAUGGCUGGCCCCAGUGGAACAACGGCUGUGAACAUCGAUAAGUCUCCAAUUUGAGACCUAUUGACAACUACUGAUGCUCGUAUGACAGUGGCGGAGCGUCUUGCAUUGGAUAAAGAAGCCGUCAAGCAAUUACAAGAAGGUUUACGAUUCCUUCAUAGAAGGAAGCCCUGCAAUGCUCGAGACAAGGGGAAGGCGAAGCACGACCCCAUGGUGGUCAAUUUGGCGCGACCUGCAAGUGAAUCCGACGAAUCAGGUUAUUCGGAUGGCUCUGAAGGUGAAUCAACUGAUUCCUAUUUAUUUGAUAUAGAUACCGAAAGUGAAAGUGAAACCGAAACCGAGAGUGAAAGUGAAGAAUCUGAUAUUGGUUACCCCUACGACUACAAACGAAUGGACAAGAGCACGCCACUGAUGGUGAAGGGUCACCGCAUGCAAGCUGUUGUGGACACUGGCACUAGUGUAUCAGUGAUCUCGAAACCAUUGGCGAAACGACUAGGGUUACCUUUCAACCAUGAUAGGAUGGCUGUAGUUAUCCAAGGAAAGUGACGUUCAGAGCAUUGCACAGUUCAGGAUCGACCCUCC